GAUGCCAAAGAAGUGUUGAAACCAGAGGAUGAAGUAGGGGCUAAAAGUGAAUGUGAUGAAAGCAAAAGAAAAAGACUAGAAGAAAGGGGCAGUCUCAUUAAAGACUUAAAGGAUAAAAUAAAGACAAAAGAGGAGCUAGAACAAUUGAAAAAAGGCAAAGACAGUCUAAUUGCAAAACAAAUUGAGCAGAUUCAAUUAUUGGAGAAAGAGCUAAAAGAGCAAAUUAAAGAGUCAGAAGAGAAGCUUAAAAAAGAGCUGCAGAAAUGCAACAACAAAGAGAUGAGAUUUGAAAUGGAAGAAAAGCUACGACAAGUCCAGCAAAAUACUGAACCUACUAAAAGGUCUAUGUUAACAUUUGAACAAACUAUUAAAAACAUUUCAAACACCGUUACUGAAUGGAGAGUGGAAACUGAACCAAACCAAGAGGAACUUAAUGGUAACACUCAACAGAAGACACAUAGAACAACACAAAAAGUGACUGAAGAAGAAAUAAAGCUAGAAGAACUCGAUCAAAGUCUGAGAGAGAGAGAUAUGCAAAUUAAAAGUCUCAAGGAAGAAGUACAAACCAAAGACUCUGAAAUAAAGGCAUUGAAAGUAGCCUAUGAGCAGCAGACAAAAGAAAGAUCGCAAUCUCGAAAUACAUUGACUGCUAGUGUCACCGAUUUCUUUGCCAAACACCUUGGAACAGGGCCUUUGAAGAAAACCAUUGAUCAGUUGGAAAUAAAAGUCAAAACAAUGUCUGACCAACUCCAAGAGGCAGAAUAUGCUUUAAAACAAGAGAAAAAGAAAAGAGAACAGGAGUCCACAUUGAAAGAUACCCGACUAAAGGAGCAGGAAAAAUAUUAUGAACAGCAAAUAAAAGAACUAAGCGAAACAACAAUAACAAAAAUUGAGCAGCUGCGACAAGAAAAUGAUGAGAUCACUCAGGAGCUAAAAGAAGCAAAAGCCUCUUUCAAGGAGGAAAGAGAAUCAUGGACAAAGCAAGUGGAAGAAUUGAGAGCUGCUCAAGCUAAGGACAAAGAGGAUGUGGACAAACGCAUAGCCAUCUGCAAGAGAGAUAUAAGAGAGGAAGCCAGACAGUUUGUUAUAGAAGCAAUGAGAUCUGCAGUUGCCCCUGAAAUUCAAAAGGUUGGUCAGCAAGUGCGGGGCAUGGAACAAAAGAUGGAUCAAAAGAUGGAGGGUAUUAGUGAAAAGGUUGAAGGCAUGGGCCAUCAGCUGGAAGAAAAUCUUGAUAAAGUCAAACAAGAAGUAGCCACUUUGAAUGAAAAACUUGAUGAAAGUAAAAAGCCCAGUGCCCCACUAAUAACAGGAGAAGCAGUUACUGAAUCCGAUCCUACUUAUAGCUGUACACAAUCAAAAAUAGUGAGUGACACUAAUGUAGAACCAUACUUUGAUCCACCAGUUGAAGAAACAGGCAUGACAGAGGUGACUGAAUUAAUAGCUACAAAUGCCGAAGACGACACAAAAUGAUGAAAUGAAGAACUACAUGUACAUGUGACAUAUUCUAUGUAAUUUUGUGUACUAUACUGACUAAGUU